AUGGGUGGGUGUUGUAGUUGUUUUAGGGACUCUUCUGAUGAUGUCAGUGUGCUGCCUAUAACAGACAAUGAACGCGAGGCUGUGACCUUGUUGUUAGGAUAUUUGGAGGAUAAGGACAGACUAGACUUCUACAGUGGUGGACCUUUGAAGGCAUUGACUACAUUGGUUUACUCUGACAACUUAAAUUUACAAAGAAGUGCUGCUUUGGCGUUUGCAGAAGUAACUGAAAAAUAUGUUAGACAAGUGUCUAGAGAUGUUUUAGAGCCCAUACUAAUUCUUUUGCAAAGUCAGGACCCUCAGAUUCAGGUGGCUGCAUGCGCUGCUUUGGGUAACUUGGCAGUCAAUAAUGAAAAUAAACUACUAAUAGUAGAUAUGGGCGGUUUGGAACCACUUAUUAACCAGAUGAUGGGUACAAAUGUCGAAGUUCAAUGUAACGCUGUCGGUUGUAUAACUAACUUGGCUACAAGGGAUGAUAAUAAACAUAAGAUUGCCACAUCAGGUGCCCUCGUACCUUUAACAAAGUUAGCUAAGUCAAAGCAUAUCCGUGUACAAAGAAAUGCCACUGGUGCUUUGUUGAAUAUGACACACUCAGAGGAAAAUAGAAGAGAAUUGGUCAAUGCUGGCGCUGUACCAGUUCUAGUGUCAUUACUGUCUUCUAAUGACCCUGAUGUUCAAUAUUAUUGUACAACUGCUCUAUCUAACAUUGCAGUUGAUGAAGCUAACAGAAAGAAACUUGCCCAAACUGAGCCCAGACUGGUAUCAAAGUUGGUAUCGUUGAUGGAUUCACCUUCAUCAAGAGUUAAAUGUCAAGCUACAUUAGCGUUGAGAAACUUAGCAUCCGAUACAAGUUAUCAAUUAGAGAUAGUUAGAGCUGGUGGUCUACCACAUUUGGUUAAUUUAAUUCAAAGCGAGUCAGUGCCUCUAAUCUUGGCGAGCGUUGCAUGCAUAAGAAACAUAUCCAUUCAUCCAUUGAAUGAAGGCUUAAUAGUUGAUGCAGGUUUCCUUCCACCUUUGGUGAAGUUACUAGAUUAUAGAGAUUCUGAAGAAAUUCAAUGUCAUGCAGUAUCUACUUUAAGAAAUCUUGCUGCUUCUUCAGAAAAGAACCGCAAAGAGUUUUUCGAAAGUGGAGCGGUAAAGAAGUGCAAAGAGCUCGCUCUGGACUCACCAGUUAGUGUUCAAAGUGAAAUCUCAGCUUGUUUUGCAAUUUUAGCACUUGCUGAUGUUUCUAAACAAGAUUUAUUGGAUGCCGAUAUUUUACAGGCAUUGAUACCUAUGACAUUCUCAACCAAUCAAGAAGUUUCUGGUAAUGCGGCAGCGGCUUUAGCAAACUUGUGCUCCAGAAUUGACAACUAUUCCAAGAUAAUAUCGUCAUGGGACCAACCUAAGGAAGGUAUUAGAGGUUUCUUAAAAAGAUUUUUGCAAAGCAAUUAUGCAACCUUUGAGCAUAUAGCUCUAUGGGCUAUUUUGCAACUAUCAGAAAGCCAUAACGACAAAGUUAUUUACUUAAUCAAAAACGAUAAAGAAAUAAUAAACAGCGUAAGGAAAAUGGCUGAUGUAACAUAUGAUCGUUUGCAGAAAUCUGGUGUUGAUGUUAAUAAAAAUGGAAAUAGCGAAGAAAGAGGAGAUAAUGAGGACCAUCAGAGCAACAAUGAUAGAAACUUGGCUAAUUCAACUUCCUCAGAUCAAUAUGAAGAUGCAAGCAUGGAAUUAUAUAAUAUAACACAACAGAUUCUUCAAUUCCUUGAUUGA